GAAGAUUAUUGCUUUUGUACAAAGCAGCGACUACACUGCGACAAUAUUGUAUGAUGGAUGGACCAAUUGUUCAAGUUAAACAGGGUAAAUUACGGGGUGUGAUAGAAAAUAAUAUCGAAGGAGGAAAAUAUUUUUCUUUCCGAGGUAUUCCUUUCGCUGAGCCUCCAGUUGGAAAUUUAAGGUUUAAAAAACCCCAACCUCCUAAAUCAUGGAGUGGCAUAAAACUUGCCGUGGAUGACAGUAAAGUUUCAGCACAAUCUGAUGAGUUGGAAAAAGCCAUAAUUGGCGGAGACGAUUGUUUGUAUUUAAAUGUAGCAACAAACAGCUUUACCGAAACUCGACCUGUCAUAAUCUGGAUACAUGGCGGAAGCUUUUGUAAAAGCUUUAAUAGUUUUAAAAAGUAUGGCCCAGAUUAUCUAUUAAAAAAGAACAUAGUAUUUGUCUCUGUGAAUUAUAGGCUUGGAAUUUUAGGAUUCUUAAAUAUGGAGCACGAAGAGUGCGAAGGAAAUCAGGGAUUACAAGAUCUAAUAGCUGCUUUAAAGUGGAUUCAAAGCAAUAUUAAUGCCUUUGGUGGCGAUUCCAAUAACGUAACUAUAUUUGGUGAAAGCGCUGGUGGAGCUUUGGUUCACGGACUUUGCAUAUCCCCAUUAGCAAAAGGUCUCUUUAAUAAGGCAAUUACACAAAGCGGUGUUUUGUUUAACCCUUGGGCGUUUAAGGUAUCCAAUAAAGAAUACGGUUAUUCUUUAGCUAAAGAACUUGGUAAAGAGUGUUCCUCUCCUCUGGAAGUUAUUGAAUUUUUGCAAACAAUAUCAGCUGACGAAUUGAUAGAAAAAUAUGAAGCUACCAAUCAAAAGGAACUAUCGAAUUUCAUACUUUCACAAAUACCAACUACGGACAAUGAAAUGGUUAAUCCGCUCUUUCCAUUCUCACAUAGUGAAAUGAGAAAAAGGCCCAUCGUUGUACCUAUGAUAAUUGGAUAUAAUAGUCACGAAGGAAUUAUGUUGCUUGUUCAUAAUUUCCCAGAACGUAUUAAACAAAUUAAUGAUAAAUUUGAAAAGAUGAUUAUGACGUAUUUUGAUUUAAAUGCUACGGAACAUGUAUUGAAAGUUAUUCAAAUUAUUCGUGAAUUUUAUUUCGGUAGAGAUGAAAUAACGGAAAAGAAAAUAGACGAAUUAGUACAAUUUCUCGGAGAUUUAUAUUUUGUAAAUAAUAUUCACGAAGUACUUGAUAAUCAAAUGCAACACGCUUCCCCAACAUAUUUUUAUAAAUUCUCGUAUCGACCGAAUUAUCCAGGAAUGAAGCAAAAAUUGAAUAUAAAAGUCGAAGGUACAUGUCAUGGUGAUGAGAUGGGUUGCCUAUUUUAUUCCGAAAAGAAAACAGGAAAAUUAUCAAAUAAAAACGAUCGUAGAACCAUGGAACGUAUGACAACUAUGUGGACUAAUUUCGCUAAAACCGGUGAUCCAACACCAGAUAUCGAUGAGCUUAUUACAACAAAAUGGCUUCCUCUAGAAAAAAGAACAAAAAAUUGUUACGAAAUUGGUGAUAAUCUUACAUGUGGUGAAAAUGCUGAUGAUCAAAAAUGGAAAAUGUGGAAUUCGCUAUUUGAAUGUGUACAAUGAUUUAUUACUAAAUUACUAAGUACAUACUAUUUUAUACACGUUUUU